AUGGCGCCUGGGGGUCGUCGUGAGGGCGGUCAUGGCGCGUGGGUGAAGAAGGCUCCUGCGGGCGGAGAGAAGAAAGAUGAAGAGGUCGAUUUCAAGGGCAGAGAAGGCAAAGGCAAGUCCGGGCGCUCCAAGGGCGAGCGUGGCUCGCGAAGGGAAGAUGAUCAUGAGGCGAAAGGCAAAGGAAGAGCCAAAGGCAAGCAUAAGAAGGAGGAAGGAAGAGAGAGUAAUUCCGGUGAAGAGGAAACCGAGGACGGUGGCAAUGCGCUGCUGAAGAUGUUGAAGGGUAACGCCCAGACCACUAAGAGGUUUAGCUACUCGAAGGCCGAGCUCUUGAAAAUUGCCACGCUUCCGGCAGCCAAUGUCAAGCCUCCCGACUUGGAUCCCAUCGUGGAUAAGGACAACAAGGACUCGGUGCUGUUGAUCCGCAUCGCCACCAACCGAGAGAAGGAGGAGCACGAGCCGAACGGCGAAGACCGGCGACGGGCCAACCCCACGCGCCAGGCUCGCACGGAGGGUGAGGCCCGCGGCGAAGUGGCAGAGGCGGCCGAGGCGGAGAGACCGGCUGAAGAAGAGGAUGAUGAAGAAAAGGCCCAGGCCUUCGAGAAGUGGUUGGUCCGCAACAUGCCCAAGUUGGAGGCCGCCAAGGCCGAUCUCACGGCCAAGGCGGCUGCGGCCUCGGCCGGCACAGGGGCCUCAGCGUCCACAGGGUCUUCGAUGACGGCGGCGGCGCCCAAGUGGCCCCCCACGGCGUCAGCCAUGGCGGCCGCCAUGGCGGCAGCCGGGAAGAGUGGCAGCGCCAGUACCUACAUGUCCAUGUUGCAGCAACAGGCUGGUGCGGGUGCUGCAGCCAGCGGUAUGUCUCCGGCGCAUGCCAUGCAAGCCGCAGCAUAUAUGCAAGCAAUGACGCAGAUGCAACUUGCCGCAGCCAGAAACAGUUACAGUAGCCAAACUUGGAAUGCCUACAACCAGUACUUGAAUCCCUACAUGACCGGAGCCUACGGCGCGGGCUACGGCAUGGAUCCCUUCACCGCGGCUGCGGCCUCGCAGGCGGCCGCCUCCAACUUGACCGAGGCGAUGCAGGCGAAGUUGGGAUUGGGAGCUCUGAACCAGCAACGCAUGGCCGCCAUGAAGGCCGCGGCCACCGCCAAGGCUGCGAAGGCCACGGCCAAGGCCAAGGCCGCCAAGGCCCCCGGCCCUAAGACGCCACCCGCCAAGGCGGGGCCCAAGACAUCGCCGCUCACGGCGCCCGUGCCGGCGCCGGCCGUGGCGGGUUUGCUGCCAAAGACCAGCGCUCCCAGCUCCCCUCAGCUGCAACCCGCUGGCGCUGCGAGCGCCGCCGCCGCGCCGGCGGUCCCCCCGGCCGCAGUUCCUGCGGCUAGCGCCGCGGCGGCACCUGCAGCGCUGGAUGGACUGAAGGCUCCGGGGAAGAGCGGUGAGGAGGAGGAUGAAGCUGGCAUAGUCACAUCACUCUUACGCAUCGCUCCGAAACGAUCUCUGAUCGCGGUCGCCGCAUUGAGGCGUUCCUCCAUUGCGACUUCCUCCAACCCCUCGACGCUUCUUCCCACCGCGGGCGUGGCGGUCGCCGCAGCGGCCGUGACCGCGGCCGGUGCGCGCCGGAAGACGCCCGGGGACUCAGGGGACGGGCUGGUGACAAGGACAACAAGCUUCGUACUUUGGGAGCGGUCCAAAGUCAGGGAACUCAAUAGGCUGGCAAAGUCCAGUUUUGGGAAGUCCAGCAUUGGGAAAGGCGUCCUGCGGCUGGUCACUUCAGAGGGCGGUUUCCUAGAUGACCCUGAUGAAACUCUAGAACAUGCUGGACUCCAAGAUGGUGACCACCUCACCGCUGUUGAAUUUCAGGUGAUCACCAGUCUCACCAGAUAUGGAUAUGCCUGUCCAAGCUGUGAUAACUUUGGAGCCCAAGCCAUCGUUUUCAGUGAAGUUGCAGAAGAGCACUCUUGGCACCAAAAUUCCAUCCCCAGUGGAGGUCGCGCCUGGCACGCCGAGCAACGGGAUCGGCUUCUGAGCGACGUGGCGCCGAGCCGGUCACAGCCAGGCGACGACUGGGACUGGAAGGAAGUGGCUUCGGAAUUGGCCGCCGUGACCGAUCAGCUGGUCACUAGCGUCGACCCGUCUCUAGGGCCCCAGGGCACGUACCAGGUGGGAAUCGACUUCAAGAACUGGCUGCAGUCGGCCGACGAGGAGUUGAAGGUGGCCUGGCAGUGGCAGCCGAAGCCGAAGGCGGAGGUGGAUGGUCUUCGGGUCGAAGGUCAUGUCCCCGCUUGGCUCCGUGGCUACCUAGCCCGGGGACCCGAAACGAGAGCCGAGACGGGCAUGGGGAUGGGGCUGGUGGCGGAGAUUGGGUACAGCGAAACAUGGGCGGCGCAGCUGCAGGAGCAACUGCUGAAGCGGGGAGUCAACGACUACAGGAUCUUUGACAGGUUUGGAUCUGACAUUUUCCAGAGAUCAUCGGAGAUCAAACCAGAAGAUUUUCCCCUUCGUUUGUGUAGCAAGGGUCAGGAGGAGGGAGGACCAUGCCUUAGAGAAGCCGCGGUGAUCGAAUAUGAGAAGGCCAUUUUGAAGCUGCGUUCCCAGGGAGCUCCAGGUGCUGGGUUGCUCUACCCUGCGGAGCAGAGCCGUGGCUUAGAAGACUUUGCCGUUGCCUUUGGCGGUGGCGGCGUGCGCUCAGGGGCGUUUUGCACCGGAGUUCUGUGGGCUUUAGCCGAGCAAAACCGCCUGCGACACGUGACCCACCUCUCCUCCGUUUCGGGAGGUUCUAUCGCUGCCUCCGGCUUCGCGUCCUUCCUGGUCAACGCUCACCGCGAAGGACGGGAGACGAACCCCGAGCAACGCUAUCGAGAAGUCGUUGCCGAUUUCAUUGAGAGAAGUCAGCGAAAUGCCGGCUAUUUGGUGUCCUUCAACAACCUCUGGAAGGCUCCUGAGGACAACUCCUCUGCAAGCCCCAGGAUUUGGGAUUUGCCACUGAUGUUCUUGGUGGUCCUGGGCGUCUUGGUCGCUGCGCCCGCGGUCUUCUGUGUCUUUUACGUGGUCCCAGUGACUCUGCUGAUUGAGGCCUUUUGGGGUGGCGCCAUGCGCAGUUGUUUUUGCAGUCACUUCCAAGAGAAGGUGCCCUGCAGCUACGGUGAAAUCCUUCAGCCACAUGGGAGCUUCAGCCUGUACCUCAUCUUUGUCAUGGUGGCUAUCUUGAUGACACUCGCCUUGGUCUACAAGUGCUGCGGCAUGGAGGAGCUGCUGAAGACCUUGCGUCGAGGAGAGAAGCGCAGCGCCAGGUGGUUUCUUCUCUGGAGAUCUGUGACACAUCUGUGCACCCGAUGGGUGGUGAUGCUUGUGAUGGUGCUGGCCACGGUACUGCUGGUCUACACAGCCGAACUCUGGGACUAUGGAGAGCGGCGUAUGCAAGACGGGCCAGCUAUGUGCAAGAUCUACUACGAUGAAGGUCGGCUUUGUUCGGACUUAGCGGGGUCUGUGCCAGAUGUGUUGCUGAAUCUGACGAAAGCAGAGAAAAUGAUUGAUCUAGAUGAGAUCGGCAUUCUGGACCAGGAACAUACCCAUGGGUUGCCCAAUUUCAUCGUGAUUUUCUUCUUCCUCACUGUGGCUCUGGCACUGGUUUCUGCCAGCUUCAAGUUCUUGGGAUGGAGUGGGCUUUGGCGAGUGUUCCUUUUCAUCCUGCUGCCUUUGUGGUUUAUUUGGCCAGCGUCCUUUCUGUUGCAGUGGCGCGUCUUUGGGCCUGUCACGAAACAGGCCCUUCUGACGCCGUUCUUUGAUGCGGAGCUGGUUGGGAAAUACACAGACCAGGCCUGGUACUUCUUCACCAGUACCUCUUUGGCCCUGGCCAUUGCGUGCCUGCCAGCCUUCAAUCUGCUUCACCGCUUCGUUCAUUACUACUUCAGAGGGUCGCUGCAACGUGCCUUCUACCGGGGUGGAGUCGACAUGUCCAUGGCAGAUGUGGCCCUCUGUCCGGCCGUGCCCAUUUUACUCUUUGGAGCAACGCUCAACGAAUUUCAGCGUCCGGAGAGUACGGAAGCGCAUUCCUUGUUCUCCUUGAGCCAAUAUGCCAUGGGGUGCCAGAGGACCGAUUUCCUUCCCGCGCCCAACUGGAUGUCCCUGGCACGCUGCAUGACCCUGAGCUGCGCCGCCAUUGAUGGCUUUGUGUUGACCCAGAUCAACAAGUGGCACACACGGAUUUUGAUGGCCAUGUUGAACCUGACUCAGGGUGAUUGGCUGCGCUUUGAUCGUGGCCAGAAAUGGGCCACGCGGAGGUGGCCGCAGUUGUUGAAGGAGCCACACAAGGCGAGCAUGUUUGACAGGUUGCCCGAGAUGAUUCUCUUUGCCUUCAUCUACCUCUUUUGCUUAUUGGCCAAUGACCAAUCCAGACCCAUGGUGCGUUUGCAUGAUCUGGAAAUUGAGUGCCAACCCUUUCGCCUCUUCACCAUGCUGGCCAUGAUACUUAUUGUUGUUUUCGUUGGCGUCUUGAGCUUCUUCGGCCAUGUACGGUGGCUCAACUGGUUACUGGACUCGCCUUUGGUUCGUCAGGUUCACAUGUUCUUGAUGUAUCACGAGUGCAUGGAGAAACCUCCCAUGUAUCUCUAUCUUACAGAUGGCGGCCCCGUCGAAGAUUUAGGAAUUGUACAACUCUUGCGGCGGCAAUGUCGCUGGAUUUUGUCCUUUGAUGUUGGAGACGACCCGACUUGUGAACUCCUAGACCUUCGCGCUGCCAUUGCUUUGGCACGUCAGGAGCGCCUUUGCAGUUUUUAUCUGCACAAAGAUCCAAGACGCGAUCUGGAAGAUGUGUUCAAAGAAUUUCAGGAAAGUAAAGAUGCAUUUCUUCACUUGGGCGUAUUAUAUUCCAACGACCAAGUGAGUGAAAUCUUUCACGUCCGCAUGCGGCUUCUGGAUGAAACCGUGCCGGUGCAGCCGUUGGUACAGAAAGAGGAAGUGCUGCAGCGCCCAAUGAGCCCUUCGAGUCACGGAGAUGUACAGAUGGAGAUGCACACAAUGCCUGAGGAUUACAUGAUGUCAUCUCAAUCCUCGAGUUCAUCCAACUCGCGUCAUUUGAAGCCGCGAGCGCAGCUGGGAGGUAUUUGCUGCGAAUCGUGCCACGAUGGACAUGAUUGCAAUAUGUGUGGAAACUUUCCACACACGCACACCGUGAACCAGUUCUUCACUCCAACGGUGUGGGCCAACUUCUGCCGCCUGGGUCGGGAGAUGGCGCAUCCGGCCAUCGCCAAGCUGACUGAGCGCCAGGUUCAUGCCGGACCUGCCAAAUUCGAAUUCGGAGAUGAUGAGUUUGUGGAUUGGGUCGAUGGACAGGCGAUGCUCUACCGGCUGAAGAUCGGAGAGGAGGAAUGCCAGUACCAAAACAGGUGGCUGGACACCUGGAACCACCGCAUGCACAAGGAGGCCGGACGCAUCGCGGUGCGGGAGACCUGUUCCAGGCCAUCCUUGCCGAACUUUUUCGAACGCUUUAUGUACCUCUUCUCACCACCUAACAAUGAGAACGGCAACUUGCACAUCUCUCAGAUCGCUGGCUCUCGAUGCAUCUCCAUGUCCGUGGGCUCGGCCUGCCUGGAGUUUGACUUGGAGACCAUGGACACCUUUGGGAAGGUUCCAUUCGAUGACGAGUUAGUGGAGGGUGGACCCUUGAUCUUCCAUGCUGAGCCACACGUGGACAAAACCACAGGAGAAUGGGUCACUUGCGCCAUCCAGCUUCGCAUUAGCCCAGAGGAUAUGGGACUGAAGCCUGAGUAUGUCGUCUUCUCUGUGGAGCCUGACUGCUCGAAGGAGCUGGGUGCUCCUGUGAAGCGACGCCUUAUUCGACGCAUCUCCACUGAGUACCCUUCGCCGGUGCACACCAUCGGCCUGACGGAGAAGUACAUCGUGAUGAUUCAGAUCCCAUACCCAUUGAACUGGGAUGGCAUGCUGAACGCCGAAGCGAAGUGGCUGAUGAACGGUGUCUACGAGGGCAACUUGAAUGACUACAACACCUGGGAACCGGAACGUGGAACCACCAUCCGCAUCAUCAACCGAGAAACCGGGGAGGAGACCGGUGUCUUCCAGACCGACGAAGUCUCUUUUGCAGAGGUGAAUGCUGCGCUGGGUUGCUCUCUACAGCAAUGGUCGCAGCAGCCUAAGCUGAGCACCGCGCUGCUGAAAGCCCUGGCAGUCCAACGGCAGCUGCAGGUGGCUGCGCUGGUGCUUCAAAGUAUGGCUUUCAACGCGUUGGAGGUCAAUGGUUUCCAUUGCAGUGCACUGAUUUCAGUCCUUUCAGGUGAUCAAUGGCCAGAAUCCCUUCAAGUUCUGGAGGACUAUUGCUUGGAUGCCAUCAGUGUCAACGCAGCACUGAAGGUCUGCGAGAAGGCAUCAGUGGGCGGUGACAACCAAAGGGGCGGAGAAUGGCAAGUGGCGUGCCAGCUGUUGAAUGCUGUGGAAGUGGACGUCAUUGGAUACAACACUUGUUUGAGUGCCAGUGGCAAGCACUCCCAAUGGAGUUUAAGCCAGCAGUUUCUGGGCGAUAUGCAAGCGCUGUCACUUCAAGCAGACCAAGCCAGCUAUAAUUCAGUGAUGCUGGGCUUCAGUCGAGCCUCUAAGUGGGAACAGGCCAUUAGCAUGUUUCAGGACCUGACGGUCCUGCAGCUCCAGCACGACAACAUCAGCUUUUUGGCGGCCAUCACUGCAGCUGGAUCGGUGGGUCAUUGGCAAAUUGCCCUGGCCUUGCUGAGAGACAUGACGAAGCCAUCGGCAGAAACGUGGAAUGCGGGGAUCACUGCAUGCGAGAGAGGCCACGAGUGGCCAUGGGCCUUGAGUUUGUUGUCAUCGAUGCCGAGUGUUGCAUUGCAAGCCGACAUCGUCUCCUUCAACGCCAUGAUCAGUGCUUGCAGUCGUGCUGAAUGGCAGUUGGCCAUCCACCUUCUGGAUAUGAUUGAGGAGGCACACCUCGAGCUGGACCUUGUGACUUUUUCCUCAGCCAUCGAUGCGGCAGAAUGGGACCAGGCACUCCACGUGCUACGAAGGAUGCAUUCCAAACGCCUGCCCGCCAACAACGUGUGCCUGGGUGCUGCCAUCAAUGCCUGUGCAGAUGCUGACCUGUGGAGGGAGGCUGUGGCCUUGCUGUUCGACAUGCCGCGGACUCGUUGGGCGCCCAACAUCAUUUGUUACAACGCAAGCAUCACGGCGUGCGUGAUGCACGAAUGGGAAGUUGCCCUGGAACUCUGGAGAUAUGUCGUUGCUGCCACAUCGCUGUCGCCCACGCUCUCGAGCUACAGUGCCGUGAUUCGGGCUUGUUCAGAAGGUGGGCGCUGGUUGGAAGCCUUGGAUCUGUUUGAACAGCUCCAAUGGCAACUUGACCGAUCCUGUGGGGAAGUGAAGAAAUCUUAA